AUGAAAAUGUUCGGUUCCUAUGAACAUCAACCACCUUCGCCUGCCCUAUCUUCAUGCGACAUGGAAUCCAUCGAUGAUAUGCCCCCACCAUCGGUCUCAUCUCAACUGUCAAUGAAUGACGACUUAACAAUUUCCAAUCGAUUGAAUAUAACGGCAUUACAAAACUCCGUGUCACUUCGUUUCAAGAAAAAACGUAAACGUAAACUUGAACCCGAUACGGUUUCGCUUCGUUCACUCGAAGAACUCGUUGGUGAUCAUUUCCAACGUAAAAAGCGUCUCUCUCUUCCACGUUUAUCAUCAGUAUCUGAACUUUUAAGUCCCAUGUGUGAUCGAGUUAUUAACAUGUUACAAACAACCAAACAGUCGUCAUCAGCAAAUCUACAUAAUCUCUUGAAUAACAACACCAAUUCAACUCAUAAUUACAACAUUAGACGAAAAGGUUCCACAUCACAACAAGCGACCAAUGGUAUUUCAUCACCGAAUACGAUCAAAAAGUUUCGUGCUGCUUGGUCAGAAACUUGCGAUGGAGAAAAAUUGAAACAAACAAUGACAGCAACAGAAAUCGAACGACAAAAUGUUCUCUAUGAGUUAUUCUCAGAAGAACAACAAAUGAUUGAAAAUCUUGGUUUAGCACAACGAGUCUAUCGAAACGGCAUGAAAACAUUGAAUAUCCUCAAUGAUUUCGAAUUAAAACAAAUCUUUGGUCCGUUAGAAGAUAUUCUGCCAUUACAUGAAGGUAAGAGAUCUGAUAGGAGAGAGAAAGAGAAUAGAAUAUGUUAUCAGUUCUAUGUCGUGGUGAAAACAUGGACGAUAGACUCUGUUCUUCUUGUCGGAGAUCUUCUCUUUCGGUUGAAACCCAAGGGUAAUUCUUCGAUUGAUGCUGUAGGUCAGAUCUAUUUAGAAUGGUUUCAACGAAUUCGUUCAUCUUACGUGUCAUACUGUUCGAAUUUAAUCAAUGCAAAAGAAUUACUGGAUGCAAAACGAUGUGAAGAGAAUGGUCGUGUUGAUGAUUAUCUCAAGCGAUGCACUGACUCAGGAUUUAGUCGUAAACUUGAUCUAUGGGAUUUUCUUGAUCAACCACGAAGCCGAUUGAUGAAAUAUCCAAUCCUGUUCAAACGUAUACAUAAACGAACGAAAGACAGUCAUGAAGAUAAACGAAUACUGCUGGAAACGAUCAAUAUUGUGGAAGAAUUGAUCAAUGAUGUUAGUCAAGCAACAUCAGCACAGAUUUGUUCGAAUAUAAUCGCUAAACUUGUUUAUACAAAUGACGAACAGAAACAUUCGUUAAUCGAAACCCAAACACGUUUGAUCUGUCAAGGCGAAUUGAAGAAUAAUCGUGGUCAAAAAUUACAUGUCUUUUUAUUUGAUGAAAUCAUUUUGUUUACUCGCAUUGCUACACGUAAUGGUGUCAAAUCUUACCAAUUAACAAACUAUCCAAUCUCAGUCGAAUUCUUACGUAUUGAAGAUAUUGAAGAUGGAGUGAAGAUUCCCGAAUUAUCAUCGGGGAGUUUUUCCAGAACGUUAGCUGGAUCGAAAUCAGCUCGUAAUGUAUUUCGUUGUUCAUCUGUUUUCUCAUCAGACAAUAACAAUAAUCGAAAUAAUUCGAUGUUAUUGCAAGCACGCGAUAUCUAUGAUAAACAACAAUGGUUAAGUGCUUUUAGAUCAUUGAAAAUAACUAACGCUGAGAAGUAUAUCUGCUUUACAGCUUUUAGUGAACUAAUAAUGCAUAGAUCAAAUCAUCAUUCCGAUCAAGAACGACCGGCCGAAUCGAAUGCGCGUCCCAACUCUUCGCAGAACGCAUUUUUUACACCCCAGACAGCAUUCUAUGGUCAACCCAACGAGCCAGCACUCGAAAUGGAACGUUUGACAACUAAUCCAUUUCUUCGUGUCGGAAUGAAAGCUGUUGAAGACGGCAUGAAAGAUAUUACUGGGAAAGCUUUUAGUGCCCUGCCAGAUGAAAUGAAGAAAUCGGUGUCAUCUAUAAGAUAUUACUUUGCCGUUGAUCAAGCAUAUGUUCGAAAAAAACUCAUUCUCAUUCUCUUCCCAUUUCGAUCAAGGAAAUGGUCAUUGGAUUAUAGUGCUGAUGAGCCAGUUCCACCGCGAGUUGAUGCAAAUGCACCUGACUAUUACAUUCCAUUAAUGAGUGCUAUGACUUACGUGCUCAUUGCCAGUGUUGUUCUUGGGACACAAAAAAAAUUUACACCUGAACAACUAGGUACACACGCAUCCUCUGUUCUUAUAUGGAACAUGAUUGAGAUAGGUCUUCUUUCUUUGAUAUUUUACAUUUGUAAUAUUCAUUCUAAACUCGGUCUACUCGAUUUAAUUGCAUAUUGUGGUUAUAAAUAUGUUGGAAUGAUCGUCGUGCUGUCUUCUUAUUUGAUCACACAGUCAUUUCUUGCAUAUUAUUGUUCACUACUCUAUAUCAGUAUCUCAAUAUCAUUUUUCCUUAUCAACUGUCUAAGAUUGCAAAUCUUACCUGACACGAGUGGUUCUCAAGCAUACAACGUAAAUCGAAAUCGACGUCGUGUUUAUUUACUCCUGCUAGUCACUUUCAGUCAGCCAGUCUUUAUCUGGUAUCUAACUCGACAUCUAAUUGUCACUUGA